CUGUGACGUCGUCAAAACACGGAAGUCAACAUGGCGGCGCCCUGAACGGGCGUGUUUUCCAUUCGCCCCCUGCCAAACACGAGCAUAGUUUAGGCGAGCGAUCGGAAGCAUUGAAAGCGGAUCAUGGAGAGCCGAGAAUUCAUCGCGUCCCUCGUGGCUGGAGGGUGUGCCGGCAUGUGUGUGGACCUCACCCUUUUCCCACUGGACACCAUUAAGACAAGACUGCAGAGCCAGCAAGGCUUCUACAGGGCCGGGGGCUUCAGGGGCAUCUAUGCAGGGGUCCCAUCUGCUGCUCUCGGCUCAUUUCCGAGUGCCGCUGCCUUUUUUGUCACCUACGAGUACACAAAGUCCUUCCUUGGUUCCGGCGGGAUGCUAAAAGACCCGUCGGUGGCUUCAGUCACUCACAUGCUGGCGGCCUCCCUGGGUGAGACGGUGGCGUGUCUGAUCCGAGUGCCCGCAGAGGUGGUUAAACAAAGGACGCAAGUGUCGACGUCAUUCAGCACAUACCACAUGCUUGUGGUCGUACUCAAGGAAGAGGGUGUCCGAGGCUUGUACAGAGGCUUUAGCAGUACAGUCCUCAGAGAGAUUCCGUUUUCUCUGGUGCAGUUUCCACUUUGGGAAUAUUUAAAGACUCAGUGGUCACAGCGACGAGGUCACACGCUCCACUCUUGGCAAGCUGCGCUGUGCGGAGCUUUUGCAGGCGCGGUGGCAGCGCUUGUUACCAAUCCUCUCGACGUGGCAAAGACGAGGAUUAUGCUCGCCAAGGAUUCUAACUGCUUGUCUGGCUGUUUGUCGGGAGUUCUCACCUGGCUGUCCAUGAGGAGUAAAGGGUCAAGUGGACGGUGGCUGAAGGAAGCUCAUCUGAAGACUAAACUCUCUCUCUCUCUUUCUCUCGUUUCUGCAAAGCAGGAAGUUAAGCAGACUUUUUUUAUCCCUCAUCACACCUCUAUUGUGUGUCUCAUUCCCGCUGUCUGUCUGUCCUAGGCCGGCUCAACCACGGCGAGCGGCAACAUCCCACUGGUGCUUUGUGAUGUGUGGAAGCGGCAAGGGCUUACCGGGUGAGUGUGUAGAGGCAGAGCUUGACCUUCCACGACAUCUUUAGUCCGGCUCCUUUUCUGGCAUGACCUCAUUCCUCAUGUAAGAAAGUUACAAGACAAAACAGAGGCCUGAAUGUGGAGGGAGGUAAAUAUAUACAACCACACCUGGAGAUGCGGGAAAAGUUUUUUCUGCCAUGUCUUGGACGUGUCGUAUUGAUGGCGACGGUAGUUGUAGUUGAUCCAAAAAAAAAAAAAAAGGGAAUUGUUUUGCAAAGGCGGUUUUAUUUUUGAGGGAAACCAUACCAUGAUGAGAAAAUGAAGGGGGUGCCGUCGUAGCGCGGGGCCAAAGGCCUGCCGCUCGCGCUCGGGCAUGGCCUGUACAAAUUGCUGAGGCUUUAAAGCGCCAAUUAUGUUAAUGGACCCAAUUGCGGUGAAGCCGAGCUCCAAAGCGCUUCCAUGUGUGCGGCGUGCCCCGCAGACCUCAGGCGGGGAGGGAGCGGCGUGACGCAGCCAAACUGACAACUUCUUCGACUAGGCCGCUUUCACAGUUCACAAGGCAAAGUUCAAAAGACAAUUCUUUCUUUGCAUUUUGGCACAAAAACCCGCCCACACGAGCAGAUUGGGGAUUUUGUCUUUUAGAAAAUAGCCGCAGUUCUUCUAUGCUUGGGUAAAAGCAUGAAGCUAUCUUUAGACUCUUUCCUCAGGAGAGAUGAUUUGGCUGACAGUGGGGAAAUACCAGAGCAUAGCAGCCGGUCCGAUUGCGACGU